AUGCAAGCCAUCCCACGUCGAGUGCCCCCGGGCAGUGCGAGCCGCCUCACACCGCCCCACGCCCAGCGCCCCCAGGACCUGCGCACAGCGUCGCCGUCGCCGCCUCCUCCCAGACCCCAGGCCACCCCCACCUCACACCCCGACGGCUGCUCGUCCCCCGCGGGGGCCCGCACCGUCUUCCUCCCCAACCGAAGAGCUAGCGUUUUGGCUCCGAAGCACGACCUUCCGGGGACACCCUCCCCCGACCCCGGCACUCACCGCCCGGGACUCGGUCUCCAUCUUUCCGGUCCGGUCCGCUCUUCAGAGAGACAGCGGGAGGCGCGGGAGCGUCAAGUUGGAAGGCGUGUUCCGAGGAAGCGAGCCGGGUUCCCGCCACGGCUGCUGGCGGGUCUGCCCGGCAAGAUUUCUCGCUGGCUGGCCUUCUUUUCCCUCCCGCACUUUGGCGGGGAGGGGGGGGACCCUCGCGUCGGCGCCCCCGUCCACGAUGACCUGAGAGAAGCCGAGGAAGGCGUCCAUGCGGCCAUCUCCGCCAUCGCCCCCAGCUGCUGGCCUCCGAGGGGAAGGAGCACCGAGGCGGUGACGGCGACGCAGACAGCAAAUCAAACACAAACAGAUUCAUUAUCUCCAUCCCCCAACCCUGUAUCACCUGUGCCUUUGAAUAACCAAACAAGUACCCCAAGAUACGGAACCGUGAUCCCUAACCGCAUCUUCGUAGGAGGAAUUGACUUUAAGACAAAUGAAAAUGAUUUAAGAAAAUUUUUUUCCCAGUAUGGGUCUGUAAAAGAAGUGAAGAUUGUUAAUGACAGAGCCGGAGUAUCCAAAGGGUAUGGUUUCAUCACUUUUGAGACUCAAGAAGAUGCACAAAAAAUCUUACAAGAGGCUGAAAAACUUAAUUACAAAGAUAAGAAACUGAACAUUGGUCCAGCAAUAAGAAAACAACAAAUAGGGAUUCCUCGCUCCAGUAUAAUGCCUGCCGCUGGAACAAUGUAUCUGACCACGUCAACUGGAUACCCUUACACUUACCACAACGGCGUGGCUUACUUCCAUACUCCAGAGGUCACUUCUGUCCCACCGUCUUGGCCUUCACGGUCCAUAUCUAGUUCUCCCGUGAUGGUAGCUCAGCCGGUUUAUCAGCAGCCUGCAUAUCACUACCAGGCCCCGGCCCAGUGUUUACCAGGGCAGUGGCAGUGGGGGGUUCCCCAGUCCCCUGCCUCUUCUGCUCCAUUCUUAUAUCUGCAGCCGUCCGAGGUUAUUUAUCAGCCGGUAGAAAUUGCACAAGAUGGUGGCUGUGUCCCUCCUCCACUGUCUCUGAUGGAAGCUUCCGUCCCAGAGCCGUACUCUGACCAUGGAGUCCAGGCAGCGUACCACCAGGUCUACGCUUCCAGCGCCAUCAUGUCUGCACCUGUGAUGCAGCCUGAGCCGAUUAAAGAACCAAGGUUACAUUCUGUGAGAAGAAGCUUUUCCCAUCCUUCAUCUGUGGCUUUGAAACCUCGGUACUCUCGAAGCCCACACUUUCAUCCUAGGAAAGAUUUCAGAACAGAGGACUCAGUUUCCACUCCACCCUCCUGUACUGACUUUGUUAAGUAGACUCUUGGGUACCUGUUCUGUCCAGAAUAGGAAAUAACUAGGCUGCUAUGUGGUCUGGUAACAAAUGAGGUUUGGGAUAUGCUUAAAGUUACAUGUUUUUGUUUGUUUUUUUUUUAAAGAAUUUUUAAAAUCUUAGUAGCCAGAACAUGGGAGAUGCAGAGCUAAAUCAUGGUUUCCUUCAUUAACUCAGACACUUAGGUAAUAGAGAGUUGUAAGCCAUAGCAAACGGCUGUCUUCAGCUCGUCCUCGGGCUGACCUCACAGCACGAUCUCCAGACGGAACCACUCAGAGUCCAUUCCGUAAGUUUCAGAUUUGUAGACAGAUCUAUGCAUAUAUAAAACCCUUAGCAGCAGACCAGUUUUGUAAUAUGGUGGGAUUUUUAAACUCCAUCUUGUGAGGAGGUGAUGCACAAAUCCUAGUUUUCACACUGUUCUGGUUCACUAAUUGUGUGUACUUUAGCCAAAACCAAACAUUCCAGCUCUACUCACGUUACAGAUUUUACACACAUUGAUAUAGAUAUCUGUGUGUUAUAGAAUAUAAAAUAUCCACUAAUCUGCCAUAUUAUGACCACUUAUUAUAUAGUGGUUACUAUGACCAAAGUGACACUGUCCUUAGAUGUUCUUUAAAAUGAUGUAUUUCUGGCCCUCUUCCGUCAUUCAUACAUGAAGUAGAGUUGUGCACAGGGCCCAGCACUUAGGGAAUGUUAGUACUCACAGUUACA